AAUGUUCUAAUGGAGUCAAAAGCUGGCAAGAAGAAGUCUAGUAGUAGUAAAUCCUUGUUCUACGAAGCUCCUUUAGGUUACGGAAUUGAAGACGUACGACCAAACGGUGGACUCAAGAAAUUCAAAUCUGCUGCUUACUCCAACUGUGCUCGGAAACCAUCCUGAUUCUCUCUAAUCUGCGCUACACAACCUUUCCUUUUCCGUUUCUCGAGUUUUUCCCUUUAUCAAUCUACUUUUUAGCAAAAAUAAAAAAAAUCUCUUUAAACCAAAAUGACAAUCCAAAUCCAACAAUCCGCCAUUGGAUUCGAAGGCUACGAAAAGAGGCUUGAAAUUUCCUUUUCUACCCCUGGCCUCUUCGCAGACCCAAAAGGCCUCGGACUCCGUUCCUUAACCAAAACCCAACUCGACUCAAUCUUAUCCCCUGCUCAAUGCACAAUCGUUUCAUCUCUAUCAAACGAUUCAUUAGAUUCAUACGUUCUUUCAGAAUCCAGCCUCUUCAUAUACCCAUACAAGAUCAUAAUCAAAACAUGUGGCACCACAAAGCUCCUCCUUUCAAUCCCACAAAUCCUCCUUCUUUCUUCCCAUCUUGCCCUCACUGUCAAAUCCGUACGCUACACACGUGGCACCUUCAUAUUCCCUAAUUCACAACCCUUCCCACAUCGUAGCUUCAACGAAGAAGUACUCACCCUCGAUGGGUAUUUUCGUAAUCUUGGAUUGGAUAGCAAAGCAUACGUCAUGGGUGAUGUCCACAAUAGUCAAAACACUAAAAAAUGGCAUGUCUAUUCUGCUUCAACUCCAAGUCAACCCGUUGACCAAAAAGUUUACACACUCGAAAUGUGUAUGACGGAUUUAUCCAAGAAAAGCUCUUCAGUAUUCUUCAAGAAUCAAACUAUUUCUUCUUCUUCUUCUUCUAUGACUGAAGUUUCGGGUAUUAAAAAGAUUCUACCCGGGUCAAAAAUUUGCGAUUUUGAGUUCGACCCAUGUGGAUACUCCAUGAAUGGUAUUGAAGAAGAUGCGAUUUCCACCAUACAUGUGACACCUGAAGAUGGAUUUAGUUAUGCUAGCUUUGAAGCUGUAGGGUAUGACUUUAAAUCCUCUAUUGAUUUGACUCUUCUGGUUGAAAGGGUGUUGGGAUGUUUCAAACCCAAUGAGUUUUCUAUAUCGAUGCAUGGAAAUGAGUUGAAGGGUUUUAAUGAUUUGAAGAUUGAGGGUUAUGGUGUUAAAGAAUCGAGCUUUGAAGAUCUUGGAAAUGGUGGUGUGAUGAUGUAUUAUGGGUUUGUUAAGGAAAGUCAAGGGGGAAGUUGUGGGUCCCCUAGAUCGAUUCUGUUUGGGUCUUGGAGUGAGAAUGAAGAUGAAGAAAUGGCGAUGAAUUGUUGCACACCAACUGUUUGAUGAAAUUGAUGCUAUGUAAUAAUGUGUUAUUUUUCUAGUGUGGUUGUGUUUGUAUUGUUUAGUGUGUUAUAUGAACUUGUUUGAGCAUUAAUAAAAAAUUGGGGUGUGUUUACUAUUUAGAA